ACGGAAAGCGGCUGGAGAUGGAGGUGGAUUGUGGAGCAGCAGUUUCGGUGAUCAAUUCGGUUGUUUACGAGAAGAAGUUUAAGCAUAUCCCUUUGAUGAAGUGCGACCGGAAGCUGGCCGUAAUCAACGGGAGUCGGCUGAAUGUUGAAGGGCAGAUUUCUGUUGAGGUUAUUUUCAACGGCAUCAGGCGAAACGUCAAGCUGAUCGUGCUUCGUUGUAGCAGUGUUUUUGCUCCUCUUCUCGGGCGAGACUGGCGUGUUCACUCCGAGCUGGAGAGAUGCUUUUGGAAUCAGCGCUGGGAUUAAGCAGCUGGACGAUCAUCAUGAUCGUAUGGUCGAGGAGUUUAAGCGUUUCCGUUGGGGGCCGUGUUUACCUGGCUCACAGGAAUCAGCUUAAGGUGGCGCGUGGCGGCAUCACGCGGGGCGGUCUGCUGGUGACGUCGCGGUACGAGAGUAUGCGGAAUCGAAAGAGAAGUCGUGAAGAAGAAGAAGACGACACCGACGAUGAAUUUUACGGGUUCGUCUCCGAUUCUUUCGUUUUCCACGAGCCGAUGGAUGUUGACCAAGAACCAUCUCGCGAGUUUGAUCCCCAAGAGGGUUCAUCAGGAAGUAGAAGAUUCUCUGAGAAUUUGCGUUCAGAAAACGAAGGUCAUUUGGAUCGUUCAGAAUUUAAUCCGCGUAGAUCGAGUAGAUUGAAAAAGGCAAAGAAAGAUAGCCGUUUUGUUUAUUUCUAAUUUGCAAUGUUAGGUUUUUGAAGAUUAAUUAUUUUGCGUCUUUUCGUUUGGAUUCAUUCAUUCAGAAUUAUUGUUAGGAUUGAAAAUAAAAUUAUGAAUUGUAAUAUACUUUAACUCUAAAAGGGAAGAACUGUUAUGGCAACACUGAGUCGACGAAGUCGACAUUAGAAUUGUUGAAAAGUCGAUGAGCUGAGCUCUCCAAUAAAUAUCGUUCUCUUUUGCUGCGAAUCGUCGAACCGCAAGGUCUUGUUUCUAUUCCCUCAUCACUCACUUACAAACAUUAAAAUACUGACAUUGGGGGUAACAUUGGGUCUGGAGGGUGAGCUAGGGUCAAAGUGAUUUUUUACGGAUUUUAUCAUUUCUCAAGUUCUUCUCAAUGAAAUUCUGUUGAAAGGGUUGUGUAGGGGACAUCUAAAGAUGACUUAGCUGAAAAAAACUCGUUCCUAGAACAAAUUGUCAUUUUGGCAGCUGUCUAAAGUUUAGGUAUGAGCAAUUCUCUGAGAUUUCGGUCAUUCGAUUUUUUCUGUAUUUUUUAAUCCGAUUGAAACUUUUUUGGUGCCUUCGGUAUGCCCAAAGAAGCCAUUUUGCAUCAUUAGUUUGUCCAUAUUUGGCAGCUGUCCAUACAAAAAUGAUAUGUGAAAAUUCAAAAAUCUGUAUCUUUUGAAGGAAUUUUUUGAUCGAUUUGGUGUCUUCGGCAAAGUUGCGGGUAUGGAUAUGGACUACACUAAAUAAAAUGAUACACGUAAAAAAAUUUUUGGUGAUUUUUUAUUUAACUUUUUGUCACUAAAACUUGAUUUGCAAAAAAACACUAUUUUUAUUUUUUUUUUGUUUUUUGAUAUCUUUUAGAGGACAUCAAAUGACAACUUUUCAGAAAUUUCCAGAAUGGGCAAAAAAUCUUUGACCGAGUUAUGAUUUUUUGAAUCAAUACAAUUUUUUUCAAAAAAUCGAAAUAUUGGUCGCAAAAAUUUUUCAAUUUUAUUUUUUGAUGUAAAAUCA